ACCUCCUCCUCGAUUUCCAUCCUCUCACCACAGGCACAAGUGCAUGCCAUGGUGAAGAAGCAGCAGCUUGCUGUUGGUGGCCUCACCUCUCUCUUCAGCACCAGCAAUAAGCAGCCGUGCCACUCCUCCCCUUCGUCCAUGUCCUCCUCCUCCUCCUCCUCCUCCUCCUCCGCGUGGCAAUGGACCUCCUGCGGCCUGCACCCAAGAACUCUCUCCUUCAGGCAGCAGCAGGAGGAGGAGGAUAACGCCAAUGGCCAUGGCUGCCAGAACCAGCAUGUUGACAAAGACAGCCAUAUGGCGCUGACGAAGCAGCAGGCUUAUUACAAGACCAUGAACUCCGCCUACUCAUGCUUCUCCACCAACUCCUUGGCCUCCAUUGACAGUUUCUCAAUGGCGUCGUCCGACGCUGCGGAGGCAGAGGCCGUCAUCCGCGCGGUGCGCUCGGACCGCCUCCUCUUCGAGCCCGAGGAGGCGUCCUCUUUCAAGGCGGCCGACAAGGCCGACAAGCCGAUCAUCAAGGACACCACCACCAUGAGCAAGCAGGCGGCAACGGCGGCGUUCGGUGGCGCCACGGCCAUGUCGGUGGAGUCCCUGAACCCGUACCGCGACUUCCGGGAGUCGAUGGAGGCGAUGGUGAUGAGCCAGGGGGGCGUCAGGGACUGGCGCUGGCUGGAGGAGAUGCUGGGGUGGUACCUGAGGGCCAACGGCAAGAGCACGCACGGGCUCAUCGUCGGCGCCUUCGUGGACCUGCUGGUGGCGCUCAGCACCGAGGCCACCUCGCCUGCGGAUUCGUCGUCAUCCCCGGCCACCCCUGCUGCUGCCAACUGCCGCUCCUCAUCCAGCAAUUGCUCUUGCUCCUCCUCCUUGUAGUUAGAUACUUAGAUUAGAACGCAGCGUCCACAGAUGGAUGGAUAGAUUAGCGAGAGAGGACAUUAUAUCGUUUUGAUUUCGUAGUGUUAGUUUCUGAAUCAUCAUCAUCAUCUAUCAUGGCCCCGGCCAAGUACAAUGAAUGCAAGAGAUGGCGUUGAUCGUCGUCAAGGCCAGCUUGCUACGGUCAUCCAUCCCAUCACUACUACUAGUAGUAGUAGGCAGUUAUCUGAUUUGCACCACACGCAUGUUGUCCAUAUUCACCAGCAAGCUGAUUCAAAUUAUGUCUUGCUGAUCACAGAGGUAUGUCAAUCUUUUUUGGCAUAACCUUUUAAUUUCUUGACUUGAGGCUGUCUAGGUUAAGAUUUCUUCUUGCUGGUGGCAUUGAGUUGGUGGUGAUGGCAUCCAUGACGACAACCCUCUGUCUCCUUUUCCUUGUUUCAUGAACACUCUGUGGUGUUGCUGGGGAAUUUCAUUUUAUGCCGCUAGCUGUACAGGAGAUCAUCGUCCUUUAUGGUAGUGGUUUGCAGUAAUAACAUGCGGAUUCACGUGAUGUGUUGGAACGACAGCAAUCAUCGGCAGCAGAUCUAAGAGAGGAACGGGAGCAACACUCUUGGAUGGUUAUUGGUCCAAAAGUGGCGACAAGUUCUUCAAGGCAGGGGAAGCUAAGGGGCCGUAUGCAUGACUCUUUGUUUUUUAUUGUUCCUACAUAUACUCUUUUCUUUUCUAUGAUAAACAUUUGUACUAUGCGCUAUUGUUUCCAUUUACUAUUAGUACUAGAUAUCCCCAUAAAAAAGUCUUAAAAAUUGUACUAAAUCCAUCUAAGGGCGCAUCAAAUAAUUUUAGCUAUGUUCUAGCUGUAAUGUCUAUGUGCAACCUCGCUUCAUUAACGACAGGUAGCAUAAUGAUCUAGCAGGUUCAUCUCCAUCCACUUGUUCCUGUCUUUGCUUCAAUUCUCCUUAUUUUUUUUUUGUAAAAUAAUG